UCAAUUUAAAUACGGAAAACCUUCAGAUCUGUUUGAUUACACCAAUCCGGACUGGGCGCCAACUUUGGAACUAGGCCAUGGCAAGGUGGACAGAGCUGCAACAGAAAGAGACUCCAAAUGUCACAAAAGUAUUGUUAAGAGACAUGCAAAAAAGAAACGCGUUGAUGUGGCCAAUACUAUGCUACAACUGCAGGAUUAUCGCGGCGGAGAAGAAGCGAUGGUCGAGGGUCAUGAUCGAGAGCAAGUCACAAAUGUUACAGAAGCCGGAGGAACAGCUACUCAGGCGGACUUGACUGCAAACACUGUGAAUGCCAUGCAGACCGAGAUACAGCAGUUGCUGACAGAGAACAGGAAUCUUAAGGAAAAACUCCAAAACGAGUACACUAAGUUUGAUUCAGAAUUUUUCAAAGAUGACAACGAUAAAGUGAAGUGGCUGGCGCUCAAUCUUCUCUGUUGUCAUUCCAAAUUCAGCCCAACAAUGAUGCAAAUUGAUGUUCGCGCGAACUUUAUAUUAUGUUGCGUCAGAUUAGACACACACUAG